AUGUCUCCCACACCUUCCCGCAUCUCGACGCUCGCCUCCCAAAUCGCCACCAACACCUCCAUCGUCGACGAAUACCUAAUAACCCACAACCUCCCACCCUUAUCAUUCGAGCCAUCCUUUCCCUCGAAAAUCCCCAUUCCAGCGUCCGAAACCGAGAUCAUCGCCGCCCAAGACGCCGUCGUGUCCCCCAACGACGUACUAAGUCUGCAAGCAGUCUACCACUACAAAAUCGCCUCACUAAUCCCACUGGACGGGUCCGCAACAUACGUCGAACUAUCAGAGAAAAGCGGGCUCAAUGAGAUCGAUUUGAGAAGGGUGGUGAGGCAUGCGAUGACGAAUCAUGUUUUCCAGGAACGCGAGGGCAGGGUGGCGCAUACGGCCGCCAGCAGGAUUUUGAAGGAGGAGGGGACCAUGGCGGAUAUUGUGGGGAUAAUGACUGAGGAGCUGUUUCCGGGGAGCGCGAGGACGGUAGAUGCACUGGUGAAGUACAAUGGUGCGAAGGAGGCCCAUGAGUCGGGUUUUUCAAUCGGCCAUAACACCCCGCUAUCCCUCUACGCCGAGCUCUCCCACCACCCCUCGCGAGGCCGCCGUUUCGCAGGCGCCAUGUCCGGUUUCGCCGACCGCUCGCCCAUUGGUACGCUCGCCAAAUCUUUCGAUUGGGACUCCGUCAGCACCGUCGUCGAUGUAGGUGGGGGCUGGGGUGACGUGAGCCUGGAUCUCGCGCGGCGGUUUGGGCAUCUGCGAUUUACGGUGCAGGAUCUUGGGCAUGUGAUUGAGGGGAGGCCGAAGCUUGGGGAAGGGGAGGGGGAGGCGGGGGUGGGGAGGAGAGUGGAGUAUGUAGAGCAUGAUUUCUUUGGGGAGCAGGAUGCGAAGGGGAAGGAUGUUUAUUAUUUUCGGUACAUUUUUCACAAUUAUCCGGAUGAGAGUUGUGUCAGGUUGCUGAAGGCGCAGAUACCCGGAUUGAAAAAGGGCGCGCAUAUUCUGAUUCAGGAUGCAGUGAUUCCUGAACCGAGAGAUGAGCUGCCGGCUUAUAAGGAGAAGUAUCGACGAUCUAUGGACCUCGUAAUGCUCACAUUUUUUGGCGCACGAGAGCGCACGCUUAGGGAGUGGAAGGAAAUUGUUGGGAAAGCCGACGAGAGGUUUGAGGUGAGAUACCAAGAGGCAGCGCCGGGGACGCCGAGCGACAUCCUUGAUGUCGUGUGGACAAGCGACGAUAAACAUUUCUCUGCGGAAUGGAAUUCAGCUCAUAAAGCGCAAGGAGCAAAUGCUGUAGAGUGA